UGAACCAGCGUCAAAGAUACCAACAUGUCAAGAAAGACGGUUGCUGCAUUAACGCCUGAUCCUGCCAACAUGGAGGGGUCCAGUGACAAGCUUUUCUGCUGCAGGUGGGUGCGCAGCUGGAUCCCACUGACCCACAGAGAAGAACUGUACCACAUCCUCAGGAUGACAGGGCCUCUGCUGCUCUCUCGAAUCCUCAAUUACCUGCUCCCAUUUGUGGUUACAAUGUUCUGUGGGCGUCUGGGAAAUGAAGUGAUGGCUGGUUAUGGAUUAGCGUCUGCUGCCAUUAAUGUCACCACUGCAGCUACAGGAUGCGGUCUGGGACUGGCAUGUGAUACUUUAGUGUCUCAGACAUUUGGAGGAAAGAACCUGCUGCGGGUGGGAGUGAUUCUUCAGCGGGGCAUCAUCAUCCUGCUGUUGUUCUGUCUGCCCUGCUGGGGUCUCCUCAUUAACGCUCAGUCCAUCCUGCUAUGCAUGGGCCAGGAGCCUGAGGUGGCCAGAAUAGCCCAAUUGUACAUGACGGCCUUCAUUCCAGCUGUACCCGCGAUGUUUCUACAUCAGCUUCAGGUGUCUUAUCUGCAGAACCAGGGUAUAAUAAUGCCACAAUUGUACACAGCCGCCCUGGCUAACAUAGCCAACCUAGUGACAAACUACAUCUUUCUUUACUGGCUGGAUCUGGGUGUCAGUGGAUCUGCAGCAGCAAAUACUCUUUCUCAGAUUUAUAUCUGUGCCCUUCUGUAUGCCUAUAUUCGGUGGAAAAAGCUCCAUGUGAAAACGUGGGGAGGCUGGUCUGUAGAAUCAUUGCAGGAAUGGGGCUCCUACAUGAAACUGGCCAUCCCCAGUACUUUAAUGACAUGUUUUGAAUGGUGGGUUUAUGAGUUUGGGGGAUUCUUCGCAGGAAUGCUGAGUGAAGAUGAGCUGGCAGCACAACACGCUGUCAUAAUGAUCGCUUUUAUAACUUACAUGUUCCCUCUCGGUAUUCAAGCUGCAGCAUGUGCCCGAGUGGGAAACGCCCUCGGCGCAGGAGACACUGCCAGGGCCAUCCUCACCACCAAAUUGUCAUUCACUCUUGCAGCAAGCUUUGCAGUCGUUGAAGGUGUUGUGCUCGGCUCCACCAAAACAGUUAUUGGCUUCAUAUUCACUUCUGAUGAGAAGAUUGUAGGUCUGGUUUCGCACCUGAUGAAUGCAUACUGUUUCCUUCAAUUGUUUGAUGGCCUUGUGUGUGUCUGCACAGGCAUCUUCUUGGGCACAGGCAAACAGAAGAUACCAGCUGUGGCCAACUUCAUCGGAUACUACUGCAUAGGACUUUCACUGAGUGUUACUUUGAUGUUUGUUGCAAAACUGAGAGUUUUAGGUUUUUGGCUCGGACUGCUCAUUUGUGUCGUCUUACAAUCCACCUUCUACAUCAUUGUCAUCUUUAAGCUCAACUGGAAGAGAAUGACAGAGGAGGCCGUGAAACGGGCUCAGAAAAAGACAUUAUUGAGCUCGCCUUUUCUGUGUGACGCUGCAGGUAACAACUCUCCUGAAGGGGCAUCAAGUAAUGGGAAAUCAGAAGAUGGCUACAUGUAUGUGAGCGCACAGGAGCAUGGGAACAUGGGGUCACAGGUUGGACAUGUGGUCCAGCAGCUGAAAGGUGGCCAUAUCUCCACUACCCAGCUGAUCCUCAGACGAGGCCUCACUAUGUUUGCAGCUGUUGCUCUUCUGGCUGUGGGAGCAUGUGUGCACUUCCUUGUGCCCCUACCAGAGACCCCGUUCACUGGGGGCAACUCUACUUUGGACCUCAUUAAUGCCACAUUUACACAUUUACCAACUGUGUCAAUACAAGAGUGA